AACAAAUGAUAACAAAUGCAUAUGAAAAUGUGUUUUUCUUUUAAAAUAACUAAAUAAUAAUAUAAACUCUAUUACGUGUUUCGAACAAUCGUUUUAUUAAUGCAUUUAAGAAUGACAUCAUUAAAACAAGACGAUGUUAAGAAUCUCUUUAAUAGAGAAUUCAAUUUUGUCAACAACUUGUUAAACCAAGUGAAACUGCCUGUGCGUGUCGAAGAUUCAGAAUCAGAAGACAGUGAUAACAAUGAAAAAGUUAGAAAACCAAUAUUAGCUAGUAAUGAGAUUCAUAGAGCUCAAAGUAUAGAUGAAUUGCAUUCAAGACUGGCUGCAAUAAGAGAAAAGAAAUAUUCAUACAAAGGAAAAAUAAUUAAAAACAAACUUCAAAAUAAAAUCAAGAGAAAAAAAAAGAUUAAUGAGAAAAAUGAGAAAACUAAAGGUGAAAAAAAACCUAAUGAAAAUAUUGAAAUGUCAAAUGAAAAACCAUCAAAAGUAAAUGGAACAAACAGUAAAGCUAAAUUAGUUUUCAAUCGAAUAAAUUUCUUAGGAGAAGAAACAACAAAGACACUACCUCCAACCAGCUCAAAUGCAAAAAUAGCAUUAGAUGAAAUCAAAUCAAAACAACAAUUGUAUGAAGAAAUGGAAAGAUCUGGUGAAGUAACUAAAGCUAAAGAAUUGAAAGAACAUGAUGCAUGGAAAAAUAUUUUAGCUAAAGCUGAAGGGAUAAAAGUUAAAGAUAAUGUAGAAUUAUUGAAGAAAACCAUUGCCAGAAAAGAAAGACAAAAAAAAGUCAGCAAAAAUAAAUGGGAUGAAAGAAAAGAUAUUUUAGAAAAGACAAAGAAAGAAAAACAAGAUAAACGUACAAAUAAUUUAUUGAAAAAGAAACAAGAAAAAAAAGAAAAAACAAAAAAGAAAGCCAUAAAAAAAGGACGUUUUGUACCAGGAGUUAAUUAAAAGAAAAUUGUAUUUAAAAAUGGUAAUAUUAUAUCGAAAUUAUAAACUUUUUGUAUUA